CAUUCACGUUCUGUCGGUUCAGUCACGCAUCCACGUCAACGGCAACACAAUGCUAGAUGAACGGACCAAUACGGGCAUUUUGGGACGCUCUAGGAUCAACCAAUCGAGAACGUUCAACUCGGCCAUUUGCAACAGCUUCCUUGUCGUUGUCAUUGUUUCGAACCUAGCUGGUUUGACCACUGCUGCCUUGAACAAAGUUCUCCCAAACCCACCUCCAGAUUCCAUUGUACCUCGAGCCCCUCUACGCCGUGGCUAUUUAAUACGCGUGGGACAGAGCCUGAAUUUGACUUGCCCUUACGAUGUUCCUUUCUAUUCGUGGAUCCAUUCAGAUCAACCGACCAUUGUUCUGUCGGAAAAACAAUGGUUUUAUAUUCGUGCAGCCACGUUAGAGAACUCUGGUCUUUAUGUUUGUCAGGCGGUGGACGGAUAUGGGCGCAAUUCUGCCGAGAUUGCCGUCCGCGUGUUAGACCCAUCUUCGUACGUCGCCCAACGCGAGUGUGUGUUGGGACCCAAUGGCGUUGUAAACCCUAAUGGACCAUGCUUUUUGACAAGCUAUUCAGACCGGGAUCUUAAUCCGUCUCGAGAAUGGGGUGAUAGUGUUGUGCUUGAUUGUGAUACGGUGACAACAAAUGUGGCCCCUGGCCCAGUACAAUAUCGAUGGGACGUAACCUACUCACGCCCGCUGAGUGGAUCAAGUGCAUCAUCUGAGAAGAACCAACGGCGCUUGCUCAUCAGAGCUUCUGCCCCAUCAUCAUUAUCAUCUUCAUCUUCGUCCGCAUCGUCCAGCUCCGCGGUCUCCAUUUUCGAUGCCAUCCCUCCCUCUGUUUCUACUCGACUGCUGGAUCUGAGCCAAUUUAACGAACCCAAGCUACGACUAAAUGAUUUAAACCUACGACACAAUGGAGAAUACAGGUGCAUUGUCUCUACAAGUGAUCGACACGUGCCAGCCACCUCGUUUGGUAGUAUGGCGCGGUCAGACAGCAUUUCUCGGACGUUUCGACUCACGGUGAAGCCUCGUUCAGAUGGCCCGAUUAUUCUUGGAUCUCGAAACACUAGUGAAACAGUGGUUGCUGGUCAAGAUGCGGUUUUCACCUGUGAAGUUAAUCCCGAAGAGCAUCGUUCAAGCACGAUUCGAUGGGGCAAGAGCAUUGAUGCGUCUCAGCGCUCACACUACGAAGGGAGAGGUCGUGAAGUUAUUCAAUGGGCUGGAGGCACCUUCGUAGUGUUACCUAGCGUUCCCAACAGCGCUGUAGAUGGAGUCGUUGCACCAGCAACUCACAGGUUUUCUGGGCACAAACUGGUCAGUCGAACCAUUCACCCACUGAUUCCAACCUCUGGUGCCGUGGCAACUGAGGCCUCCAGCAACCAGUUGAGUCGGCUGUUGAUUCGCCAAGCAAAACCCUCUGAUGCUGGACGAUACGUCUGUUCCGUCCUCACGGAGGCAGGCCGAGAUGACCACAAAUUUGUUCACAUAUCUGUAACAGGGGAUGGAGUGGGCGACGCGGGUGAAUUGGUUGGCAGCAGCAUGCGUCGACUAACCGUGUAUAUCGCUGUGCCUAUUGUAGUAUUCUUCGUAUGCGUAUGUGUAGUGUCCUACUGUCUGGUCAGCAGAAGAACCUCGCGCGCCAGCCGUGCUGCCCAUCUUCGACAGCGAAACUACUAUGGACCGGUACAACAAACCCAGAUGAAAUCUCCUUCAGCAGCGAGCAGUAGCUCUGUAGGUAUGUGUCGCAAUGGAAUCAAUUCCACUGCAACACCUUGGAGUGCGCCGGGUGACCCUCGAAUUCGUCCGUCACCACCAGGCACUGGAGCUGGUACGGCUACUUUGGGAUAUUCAUCUACCAACGGUUCCCACUCUUUUUCCAGCAGUGGUCAAGCCCUAAUACCAAAUCAGAACUUUCAGCCUGCGGCACCAGGCUCUGUGGCGAUCGUACCCGGCUCUUACCCCAUUUUGUUACAAUCAGUGGGAUCACAACCCGGCGGGCAGUUCUAUGCGAUGCAAGAUCCGAGUACCAUGGCUGGUUACACCCAGCCAAUGUAUCCUGCCAGUACUGCCGGGGGCAAUGAGUAUAUGCUUACUAGCAAUGCUAUGAACAUAUACCCUCCAGGCAUGGUAUAUCCCAUGGCUAAUGGUCAUGGUCCUAAUUUUAGUGGCUCGAUGGCAGCCCCGAAUUCCAUCACCAACUCAUCCUCUGCCGAAUCCUCUGCAAUCACUGGUCCCGGUUCACCCUUGUCCAACGAAGCGGUAGAUGGUCGUCUGCUAUUUCAGCCUGGUCACUCAGGACAGCAAUCUUAUCCCGGUUAUCAGUCGAGUGUAGGAGCUACCACCUGUGCAAGUUUCAGCUAUCCUGUCCCGACACCACAGUCACAUCUUUCCUCGACUACUGGUGAGUUAGAUUUGGGCCAGAGUAACACGCCGCUGCUGAACUAUCACCCUCAAACAGACAGUUCACACGGUACAAACAUGAGGGCCUAACCGGCAUUUGUUUGUCGCUUCGCCUAUCACUCUCUCUUUCUCUCACAAGCACUUAUUCGCUUGAUUUCUUUUAACACACACAAGUGCUCCGGGAUACAGGGUAUGUCAUCAUUCUGUACAUACGUUCGCUGUGGAACAUAUAAUUUACAUAAAACCUGUGAAUCUCAAACGAGGAGUCGAAUUAACACCCUUCCCAUUUGAAUACCUUAGUCACAUCUGUCAAUCCAACUGAUAUCAUUUUGAAUACUGCUCAAACUUCAGCUCUAGUCGAUGGUGUGAUGUCUGCACUUGACACGACACAUAAUCCCGUUCUUAAGGUUCAUUUUCUCUUUUUCCGCCAACCUUUUUAAAGCGCAGUUUUUUUAAAAUAGAACGUAAAGUUGUAAACCCAAACAUCCUACUCGAACGCAGCAUUUCCCAUUUGACCCAAUUUACGCCAUUAUCCGAAUCUCGGUUUCCCAUCCAGCAUUCUAAACUGACUGUCGGCUGUUGCCUGUUUAUCUACUCGAAAAAAUGAGUGAUCUAUCACAUGACCUCUGCCGGGAUGAGUGACCUUAACUUAAUUGGCUUAUUUUUGCUUCCCGGGCAGAACUGCCCUCUUUCUGGUGUUGUCACAUCUCUUGUUCGGUCUGAUACAACAGCACGACUACACCAUCCUCACCUCCUUAUCGAAUCCGAUUGUUUUUUCUCUAAACAACGGCAGCGUCGCGAAUCUAGCUGUUUUCUGGCCAUUAUUUUUCUCAACCAAAUGUGACCUGAAUGCAUAUUCUUCUUGUUUUGCGCGUUGUAGAACUGAUGCACUGCAAUGCUGGCUCGAACAGGGUAUCUAUUGUAAAUAGGCAAACAAUUUCCCACUUUGUCGAUCACGAAAAACACACUUAUGCAAUUAUUUACGGCACUGUUUUUUUUGAAUGCAAAUACUGAAUACAACUCUAGCUUUGAUCCCG